AAUGGAGAAAUAAAGUUGUUUUUAAACCUGGGCUACGGUGGGAAACUGGAUUCAUUUGUCAGAGGCUCAAAAUGUCACACAGAAGCGGCCACACUCUGGUGCUGGUAGUGGUGUUUUGUCUUUUUGUUACUGCCUUUUGUAAGUUUCCAACUUUAGACCACUUAAAACCGAAAGUCAGCGACAAAACCCAGGGCAGAGCGGUGGUGGAGCUGCUGAAGCGGCUGCUGGGGAACAGGUCCACGGAGUUCAUAGUGUCCGUCAACCGGAGCCUUUCCAACGACAGCCUGGAUGUGUGUGAGCUCAGGUCGACCAGGAACGAUAAGAUAUACGCUACAGGCAGCAGUGGAGUGGCCGUGGCUACUGGCAUUUACAACUAUUUGAAAUAUUUCUGCAACUGCCAUGUUUCCUGGUCUGGUGACCAGCUGAAUGUACCCCGUCCUCUGCCGAGGCUCACCGGAGUGCUGCGUAUCAACACCCAGCACAGGUUCCGGUAUUACCAGAACGUGUGCACCUUUAGCUAUUCAUCUGUGUGGUGGGACUGGCCGAGAUGGGAGAGGGAGAUCGACUGGAUGGCUCUCAAUGGGAUCAACCUGCCGCUGGCCUUCACCGGCCAGGAAGCCCUGUGGCAAGAGGUCUACAGGGCUCUGGGGUUAAACCAGACAGAGAUCGAGGAGUUCUUCUCCGGCCCAGCGUUUCUGGCCUGGAACCGAAUGGGAAACCUUUUCAAGUUUGGAGGGCCCCUGCCUCAGUCCUGGCACGUGAACCAGCUCUUCCUCCAACUUAAAAUCUUGGAGCGGAUGAGAUCCUUCGGCAUGAUUCCCGUGCUGCCCGCCUUCUCUGGGAACAUUCCCGUUGGAAUCCUCAGGCUGUUCCCAGAAGCCAAUGUAACCAGGUUGGGUCCCUGGGCUCACUUCAACUGCAGCUACUCAUGCUCCUACGUCCUGGACCCCCGGGACCCUCUGUUCCUCCGGAUCGGUUCCCUCUUCCUGUCCCAGGUGGUGAAGCAGUUUGGUACGGAUCACAUCUACAACACUGACACCUUCAACGAGAUGACCCCCCCUUCCUCGGACCCCACCUACCUGUCUGCAGUCAGCCGCUCCGUCUUUGCCUCCAUGACGGCAGUUGAUCCUCGGGCGAUUUGGCUGAUGCAGGGCUGGCUGUUCUUCAGUGACGCAGCGUUCUGGAAGCCGGCCCAGAUUCAGGCUCUACUACACGGAGUGCCUCUCGGAAGAAUGAUCGUGCUGGACCUGUUUGCAGAGACCGAGCCAAUUUUCUCCUACACCGAGUCUUUCUAUGGGCAGCCCUUCAUCUGGUGCAUGCUGCAGAACUUCGGGGGCAACAGCGGAUUGUUUGGCACGGUGGAGAGCAUGAACUCGGGGCCCUUCAAAGCCUUACAGUUCCCAAACUCCACCCUGGUUGGCUUAGGCAUGACGCCCGAGGGCAUUGAGCAGAACCCGGUGAUGUACGAGUUGAUGAGCGAGCUGGCGUGGCGUAAGCAGCCGGUCAACCUGUCCAAGUGGGUGUCGCUGUACGCAAUCCGUCGCUACGGCAGCACGCAGGACAGCCUGACCGCGGCGUGGAGGCUCCUGUUCGCCAGUGUCUACAACUGCACCGUGCCACACUACAAAAACCACAACCACAGCCCCCUGGUGCACCGGCCCUCCUUCCACAUGAAUGCUGAGCGUUGGUAUGACCCGGCUGAUUUGUACAAAGCCUGGAAGCUGAUCCUCGAGGCAGCUCCGUCUCUCACAUCCAAGGAGACUUUCCGGUACGAUCUCGUGGACGUGACUCGGCAGGUCCUGCAAGUCCUGACAACGUACUUCUACCAAGAUAUCGCAGAUGCUUUCAAGAACCAGAAGCUGCCGGAGCUGCUGACAGUGGGCGGGGUGCUGGUGUACGACCUCCUGCCUGAACUGAACCGCUUGUUGAGCAGCGACCGCAACUUCCUGUUGGGGACAUGGCUGGAGCGGGCCCGAUCCUCCGCCCUGGAUGAGAAGGAGGCCCAGCUGUACGACAUGAACGCCAGGAACCAGCUCACUCUGUGGGGCCCCAGCGGUGAGAUCGUGGACUACGCCAGCAAAGAGUGGGGAGGCCUGAUGGAAGACUACUACGCCCAGAGAUGGGGCCUUUUCGUCGAAACCCUGGUAGAGUGUCUGGACACUGGACGGCCAUACAAGCAGGACACCUUUAACCAGGCCGUGUUCCAGGUGGAGAAGGGAUUUAUCUACAACGGCCGAAAGUACCCGACCACGCCUCAGGGAGACACGUAUGAGAUUGCCCGCAGGAUCUUCCUCAAGUACUACCCACAGGCCCUGAAGAGACUAAAGUGAAGAUUCAUUUUGGACAAACUUGUCUCAAGUCGCAGCAAGAAGAAUGUCUCCACCGCCAGUUUUCCAUGGCUGUCCCAAAACAUUUUGAAAUGGAAACUCUAACACUAACCCGAACAAUUUUCUACUUAAUUUACCAUCUCACACUUGUACUGGCGGUGAGGUUUGACCAUUACACAAUACCUUUCUGCAGAGGUUUGACAAACGGGGAUUCUUUAUUGCUGAGUAACUGUUAAAACAACUUGGCCCAUGGUGCACCUCAGCAGAUGACUUCAUGUCUUGUCCCUACAGGCCUUCUCUUUAUAUUUCAAAUAUAUUUUUAUAUGAAAACUCCUAGAUGUUUACCUGAGACAACAAUCACUUUCUGAGAUAUAUUGGUUUUGUUCAUGAGUCAGGUUAGUCUUGAUGUGAUUUUUGUUUUUUAUAAAUGUAGUUUGAGUCUCUUAAUUUUGGGAGAAUGAUUGUUUUAGUAGUUAGCUGUCACUUCAUGAGCAGUUUACAUUAAUGUGCCAACAAACGCUACGUGUUGUACAAUAGAUCCUCUAUUUUUGUAUUUUGAUGAAUUACUGUUUUAUUCAGCUCAGGCAUGUCAUAAAAGUCUAAAGGCUGUGUGACUAACAAUACAGUGGUUUCAUUCUCCACCUCUGCCUUGUUUGUGUGAUCUGUGGUAAUUUAUAAAUACACACAC